AUGCGAGAAAAGCGGGGGAAAAGGGGUUAACUACGGCGACGUGCUCCGCGGUUGGCAAGCAAAACGGAACUCAAGCUCAACUCGGUCGAUCGAGGGAGGGUGGGAGGCAGGGACAGAGAGAAAGAGGGUCAGCUACCGGGGAAAGGAAGAACCCGAGGGGAUAGAGAAGAGGGAAAGAGGAGAAAGCCGUGUGAGAACGACGAGUGGGUGCCCGUCGUCAAGCUGUGAUUGUUGGACUCGUAGUCGGCAGAGGAGGGAGCAGCGGCAACAGCAGCAGCAGCAGCAGCAGCAGCAGCAGCAGUGGACUUGAAUUUUUCCCGCUUCACCGCGCCGCCAUCGGCCGAUCAAUCCGCUCCGGGGAAGUGGGGGGUUGCCACUGCCGUCGACCAAUUGGGUACUCCAUUCGAUCAUUACUCCUGGAUUUCAAGGGAAUAGGGGCAAUUGGCGCAGCUAUCGUCCACAUCGCGUCCAUCCCCCCCAGCCAUCCAAUUGAAGGGGCGGCAGUGGCAGUCACGCCGCGCUGCUAUUCCCGCCUUGUUCUCGAGCCCGUCGUCCUCUUGUCGUUCGCGAGGGAGGAUCUCGGUGGAAUCGCGAGGCGUGGCGAGGCACGGCGGUGCUUAUUCAUCUAUUCUGGAGGGAUCUCUUUUUCCACUCAUUUUCGCGUGUUCUCUUGUUCUGUGCGGCGUAAUCCUUCGUCGCUAAACAACAUCUCAGGUGAGGGCCCAACUCCUGAAUGAAGAGAUAGUUGGGGCGCGCCGGCCAUCUCGGUCGUCGUAGCUCUAGCAUUCGUUGCAGCCCUCGAUUCAAUAAGGAAGGUCAGUUGUCUCCCUCGCGGGUUGCCCUUAGGGUUCUUUAAUCGGCCCUCAGACUGGCCGAUUGUAGAUAUUCCUCGUCGUCUUGUCCAAAAACGUGCAACUUUGUCGCCUUUAAAUUUCGUCGCAGUUAUAAUUGCUUCUAAGAGAGGAUCAUCCAUGUUCAAGGAAGGAAUUAUGUGCUUCCGGCUUUCAGUCCUCAUAUGCCCUGUUGUUAGGAACACAACUGGAUCAGUAGAAUUAGAUUUUCCGUGGAAUAGCCAUCUGUUCAUAGCACUCCAAUUUCAUUGUUUUCUGUAUUUUUGCAGUUAUGACGAUGAUGGCAACCUUGGAAUACACUAUAUUCACCAAGCCUGACAGGUGAUCUGCAUUGGCGUAAACUACUCCAGAAAGAUUCUUUAGGAAAUUCGAUCAUUUGCUCGCACCAAGGAGAGUGUCAAUUGGACCAGGAAACAUGCGAAGAAAGCAAGCCAUUUCAUGACAUGACGUGUGGGGUGCAAUGUAUCUCCAGCUCAUUGUCAAAUUAUUUGGAAUAGAAGAACUGUUAUGCAGUUGGAUUAGUUCUGUGGGGGUACAUUGUGUGAUUCGGAAAUAUGAAGUCCUGCACAGUUCCUAAAUAGAGUCUCAAGGAGGGAAAGAGAUGAACAUGCAAGCACAGAUGUCGGGCCAGGUACCCAGUCAAACUGGGUCGCAGUUGCCUGUCUUAUCGCAGCAGAAUGUGAACACUCUACCUGUGCAGAUGCAAGGCUUAGGAGCUGUCAACAGUAUGGAUCCAGAUAUUGCUGUCCAACGCAAGUUAAUGCGUGAUAAAAUGUAAGUUUCUUUGUUUCAUCAUCAUGUCUUUGUUCUGUUCUUGACCUAUGGGGAAAAUCCUAUUUCUCUGUCUUGAUGCUAAAGUGUGACUUAUGUCUAAGAAUAUUCACUUGUCUUGAGUGACUGACUACGAGUUGACUUGAAUCUCUGUUAUUUUUCUGUAGUACGAAUACAUUACGAAUGUUGCCUAAUGUUUGCAUUAAUAUUAUCAGGAAACGACGUUUUGGAUUCUGAGUGACAUGGAUAGGUCUUCUAGCGUCAUCUUACUGCAGUGUCUCUGUUGUGCACUUUAAUUCCCUAAAUACGGACUUAAUAAUUCCAGAUUAACAGUGUGUACUUCAUUCUUGAUCCGCUGUUUAUUGGCUUUCUGUUGAUCAUUCCCCAAGAGACGAGACAUUAUGAGAAUUCUCUUUAUGCUGUUAUAUUCUUACAUGCCUUCGUCGAUAAAACAUUUUUUCGGCCACAAAGCAUGAUGCUGGGUGACAUUACCCGUUACUCUGUCUCAAUGUUUGUGUAUUCUUCAUCAGUUUUAAACUUGCUCAUAUGUGAAAUUUGCGGGAACUAAUUAUGAAAGGCUGUCAUCUAAAGAAACACAUUAAAGGGAUCAGGUUAAGAAAAAAUUCUUUAAGAUCCUUCCAUUAAUGCUAUGACUGAUUUUUGAGUUUUUAAUUGAUAUGUAUACUGAAGCCGCUUCUAGUCUGCAUGUUAAACGGACUGUUUAGUAUGAUAUUAUAGUCAUCGCUAAAUUUCAUUACAAGUGGCAGUAGACGUUCAAAUAGAGGUGGAUAAAAUGAUAACGAUUUUGCUACUUUGCACUAUUUUAUCCUGAUUGACAGGUUUUUGAUGGGUAAAUUGCUGGACUGGUGUCUGUUUUCAUAGUUGGGAGAAUCUGAAUGCUGUGAUCACGUCACACUUGCACUGAACACAGUUCUUUUCGUAUGUAAAUAGACAAAAGUUGCAGAAUGAUAGGUUAUUAGAUACCCCUGGGCUGGAAGCAAAAGUUUGUUGCAGAAAAAGGCUAGAGGAACAAGCUCGGACAUAGAUUUGUUCCAAUUAAACCCUCAACUUUCAACAAUGAUGAUCAUUAAUGGGACGCACUAAUGAUGUUUAGCAUCUGCCAUUGUACAUAUGCGGGCUUGUCAACCUCCAUUUUAUCAGUUCUGGACAUAGAUGUGAUUAUUUUUUCGCCUAUUGUUCAUGAUCGCUCUCUGUUAAAAAUGGAACAGAAAGUGCUUAAUUUGGAGAUUCCACAAUUACUCUUGGCUAACUAGUUCGCCUGGUCGUUGGGCUUUUCUUUUAUGGAACAAUUGGAGAAUUGUGGCAAGCAGGUGUAGUUAUGGUUCUUUGAAUUGCAACUAGUCAAUUUAAUUUUUGGCUGGGGGUGGGGUGCAUUCUGAUUCCCACUUGAAUAUCUAUUUUAUGAAAAGUAGCCACUGACCGGGCUUAAUUGUUUAUGUAUCAACUGGUUCGUCCUGAAUUUAGCUUCCUCGGAAGAAAUUUGCUUAUUUUUGCUUGAUUUAACAUGAUUCAUCUGAAUACAUAAUCAUACAGUUCAUGGAAGAAGAAGACACUUUAUUAAAGAUUAUUCUUUCAAAACUUUAGAUACAUUUUUUUUUUCAUUUUUUUUUUCAUUUUUUUCAUGAAUCAAGCUUUUCCCUCUUAUUGGACAAAUUAGCCAAUCUGGUAGGUAUGAUCUGACUCAGAUCGCCUUGGAUGGAGUUGGGAGCGUCUGAAAAUAGGGAAUUUGGGUGAUAUGGGGUUGAUAAUAGUUAUAAUCGUCCUAAAUUUUUGUAAUUUCAUGUCUGCAAAAAUUUUCGUAUAUACGCAUUCUCUGAACUUUGGUGAGCACAAUUGUGCUUGUUCACGAAUUUGACCUUGGUUUUCUAUCAAAACUGUUGCUGAUUGAAAUCUAUGUUCCGUUUUUGCAGCACACAAAUAUUUCAUCACAGACGUUCUAGUUCCAGUGCUGAACAUUUGCAAAGUUUGCCUGAUAUAGUGAGACAUUUAGAAGAUGGACUUUAUAGGACUGCUCCUACAACGGUUAAUGCUUUAUUAUUUCUUAAUUUCAGUAUAUUAUUUUUCUUAUCUUCUAGGUGUUGAGUUUCCCGAUGUUCGCGAGAAUAAUGAGUUUGUGUUCCUUUAGUGUACUUCAAAUAAUUAUUCGAGGGAUUUUCUAGUAGGCCAACAAAUUUUGGGUUUCAUUUCUAACCUUUUGCAGAAACAUUGUCGUUUUCUGAAGGUAUGGAGGCCUAUGUAUUCCAGAUCUUGGACAUUCCGAAUACUUUUGGCUCAUUUUGAAACUUUUUUUUCGAAUCAGGAGGAUUACUUGAACAUGGAGACGUUGGAGAGCCGUUUACAUUCUAUACUCAGGGGAUAUCCCAAUCACAACCAACCAGCAACACGCCACAUUUCAUCUUCCUCUCCUGUCAGUACAAUGAUACCGACUCCAGGCAUGUCAGAGAGCAAUAGCUCAAACCCAUCACUACCCAGUUCCUUGGACAACUCCAUGCUUGUUACCACUAGGUUUGGUAAUGUCGAGCCGACUCCUGCCAACAUGGGGAGUAUAGUACCAUCUGCAAAUGGUGUAACUAGCACUGGACAUAGUGGCACUUUCACUACAUCUGAUGGUAAACCUUUGGUGGAAAAGUCCUUUUAUCAUUUUUGUUUUGUGUCCCAUUUUACUUUUGUUGAGGGCAAUCUAUAAUGUUUUCUCCUGCAGGUCUGUUAACAAAUACUGGGUACCAGCAGUCAGCUGCACAUUUGUCUAUUGGAUCCAGUGGAAAUAGUAUGAUGUCUGCUGUGCCACGCCACUCAAGUCAGAUGAUACCUACUCCUGGAUUAAAUAUUCCAAAAUCUAUGCCAAUGAACUCUGCAUGUAGUAGCGGGGCUGGUUUUUCUAAUGUUGAGCCGAAAAUUGUCUCACAGCAGCAUCAGCAACAACGACAACUACAUCAACAACAGCAACAACAGCAACAACAGCAACAACAAUUACAGCUGCAACAGCAGCAGCAGCAGCAGCAACAACAACAACAACAACAACAACAACAACAACAACAACAGCAACAACAACAACAUCGAAGGCAGCAGCAACAACAACAACUGCAGCAGCUGCACCAGCAGCAGCAGCAACAGCAGCAGCAACAGCAGCAACAGCAGCAGCAACAGCAGCAGCAACAUCACCAACAGCAACAACAACAUCAGCAUCAGCCGCCAAAGCAGUAUUUUGGAAAUCAGAGCAGCCGCAUACUCCACGGCCUUGGAAUGCAGAUGGGUGCUGGCUUGAGAUCUAGUGUACAACCGAGGCCAUCCCAUUAUGGGCUCUCAAAUGGAGUUACAAGUAGUGGUGGACUGGGCUUAAUUGGUAACAACAUACAGCUAAUGAAUGUGCCUACAGCAUCUGAAGGUUCCUUGAGUUCAACUACUUAUGGCAGUUCACCAAGGGCCCUGCAGCAUCAACCAAUCAUGACAAGUAAAUCCUCCUUCCUCCUUUCUCCCACCCCCCCUUUCUCUUGUUGUGUAUUUUGUUCAUACCUGGGCCUUGAGGUCCCCCAUUCUUCAUUAAAUUGAGGAUGUAAGCUUCUUCGUGCAGCAUCAUCAUCCCAGCUAAAUGUUCCUGUGGCUGGUGACGGAUAUGGGCGCAAUGCAUCUGAUUUAUCAGGAUCUGGGACAUUGUAUGGCUCAACGACCCCUAUUGGAUCCACAUUAGGCAAUCAGAGCAUAAACCCAAUGAAUUUUCAGUCUAAAUCAAAAAUAAAUCCUUUGCAUACCCAUCAGCAAGGUUCGCAGCAGGAUAUUUCACAUAAGCCUCUAGCUUUUGAUCAUUUACAGAAGGUGAAUUCGCAACCAGUUCAUUCUACACAAGAGCAAAGACAGCCCCGGCAGCAGAUGCAAACAUUUCAACAGCAGCAGCAGCAAUUUCAGCAACAACCUGUCCAAACAUAUGGACAAUAUGUACAUCAUCAACAACAGCAGAGCCAUAGUCAGCAACAUCAAAGACAUGUACUGAAGAAUGACGCUGUGAGGCAGUCGUCACUCAUGUCUGGCCUUGUUGGGCAAGCCAUAAGCGAGCACGAAACAGACACUUUUCCUGAACCUUUACUCCUCCAGACUUCUGAACAGUUUCACCAUUCCGAGUUGCACAACCCCUUCCAGACAAGUACUUCUUCUGAAAAUAAUAAGGGAACACCUGGUCAAUUUUCUUUGCCUCAGGUCUUUCAUUCAGCUUUGUCGCAGGGGUCUCAGCAAAUGCAGCAAACAUUGUAUCCGCAUAAUCAGUCAUCUCAAUCACAAAAUCAGUUUAACUAUGUUUCCAACCAAGCACAGUUGGAAGCGCGUCUGCAGAAUCAGUGGCUUUCUCAGUCAGUACAGAAAUCACACGUGCUGGAUGAAUCAUCAUUUGAGAAACAUUUUCAGGAGGAUUUUCACCAGAGGAUUACUGGACAAGAUGAAGCUCAACGGCCUAAUUUCUCUGUGGAGGGGUCUAUUAUUCGUUCUGCUGUUGCUCCCACUAGUUUGACAAUACCACAGUCAACAAGUGUAGUGCAUGGACUUGGAAACUCACUGCGUGAAAGACAGUACUACAAUCAACAGAGAUGGCUGCUGUUUCUGCACCAUGCCCGCUGGUGCCCAUCUCCAAACGGUAAAUGUCAAGAAGUUAACUGCAUGACUGUGCGACAAUUACUGUUUCAUAUGAAAAGUUGUAAAGAGGAUCAGUGUGGAUAUCCUCGCUGUCAUCAGUCAAAAGUUCUCAUUAAGCAUUAUCGCAGAUGCCAAGUUAAAGAUUGCCCUGUUUGUGUUCCUGUUCAUGCCUAUGUAACAUCGCAGUGUAAAACAUCCAUUUGUCCUGAUGCUGAUCACAUUUGUUCAGAUAAUGGUUCUUGGAAAACGAAUGUUGCUGAUGCUGAGAGACAGAUGCCAAGCAAAUGUAUGCCAUCUAAAGAAGAUCUACAUUCUCAAUCAAAACGCAGGAAGCUAGAACCUCCCUCAUCUUUGAUAUCUAAGGGUGAAGGAUCUCAACUUGAACCAUCGGAUGCAUGUGAUGAGGUCAAAGCCCCAGUGGAUCAACAGGCAGACGUGCUGUUAUCCAUUAAGCCAGAAAUUGUUGAUGUGAAAACAGAAUCAUCAAUAGCUUCAGGAUUGGAAAAAACUGAAAAAUUCACCAGUGCAAGUAUGGAGGAUUUUGGGGAUGUGUACACUUCAAGGCCGCAUGCAGAUUCUGUACGUCGAGAUGAGCAUGAUGGCUCUCAUAAAACAGAAAGCAUGCAGAUUGAUGGAGAUACUGAUCAGCCUGCGGUGGAAGCAAAACAUGAAGGCGGUGUGCAUACAGCUGAUCCUGUUUCUGGUAGUAAAUCAGGGAAGCCAAAGAUAAAGGGUGUAUCAAUGACUGAAUUGUUCACCCCUGAGCAAAUUCGGGAGCAUAUUGUCAGUCUCAGGCAAUGGGUUGGCCAGGUAAACAUGUCAAGCGUCGAUAUCCUUCAACUACCAUUUUUUGUGUUAUCUCAUUUUUCUCAGUAAUUAAGACUGGAGACUGUUGGAACUUGUGUAUAGGAAAUUUAAAAUGAAACUUUUGAGCAGUUGCUUGUAGAAAGUUCAUUUUCCAUGUCAUGCUCCCUUUUGUCUUUUUAUAUUAUGUUUUAUUUUUUUUUCAAUUUGCUGAGUCCGUGUGUUUAAUUUUAUUGCUUUAUGGCAACAAGAUAUAUUGCUUUCUCAUUGUUAAAAUCUUAUUAAUGUGCGAAGCCACUGUUCCUUGGUGGUAUGUGUCUAAACUAUGACAAGGUACCUUUGGUCACUAACUUGUCUUAUAACACUUUUGUUGAAUCCUUUCCAGCCAAUGGUUAUCCUCACCGGGUACCUGGUCAAUCUUGUAGGGUUCAUGUUGGACAGUGCAGUACCUUGGAAAACUUCAUGAUGAAAAAAAUGAGAGAAUUGUUUAAUUAAAAGUUGUGUCGUUAGAGUAUUCCUGUUUGAGGAUCACGUGAAGGUUAUUUCGUAAGCAGAUGCAUAGAAUUUCAACUAUCUUUGCAUUGAGAUAUCCAUAAUGAGAGAACUUUGCUCCUCUUCAAAUUCCUUGCCUAUUAUUGGAUGUUAUUUAUUCUUUAGACGGGUUAAAACCGAUUUUUCUAUUAGAACUUUUGAAGUCUCACUAAGUGCCUGUAUGCGUGCCCCUUGGUUGACAUGCGAAGUGUGAACAUAUUUUUGUCUCUAAUUUGCCUUUAUUUGAUCUUAUUUUCUUUGUCUUGAAGAGCAAAGCAAAGGCUGAGAAAAACCAAGCAAUGGAACGUUCGAUGAAUGAGAAUUCAUGCCAGUUGUGUGCAGUAGAGAAGCUUACUUUUGAACCCCCUCCGAUAUAUUGUUCACUAUGUGGUGGCCGCAUUAAGCGUAAUGCAAAUUAUUAUGCUGUCGGGUCUGGUGAUACGAGACAUUAUUUUUGUGUUCCAUGUUAUAAUGACUCUCGUGGUGACUCUAUUGAGGUUGAGGGAACUCCCUAUCUGAAGGCAAAGUUUGAGAGGAAAAAAAAUGAUGAAGAAACUGAAGAAUGGGUGAGUUGUUUCCUUACAAUUGAUAAAUUCCAUGUUGUUUUGUCAAAUAUCACUCACCUUUUCUUCUUUAAAUUUUCUACGUACAGUGGGUUCAAUGUGAUAAAUGUGAAGCGUGGCAACAUCAGAUUUGCGCACUAUUCAAUGGACGGCGAAAUGAUGGAGGGCAAGCCGAGUACACAUGCCCUAAUUGCUACAUACAAGAGAUUGAAAGAGGAGAGCGUAUGCCUUUACCACAGAGCGCUGUUCUUGGUGCAAAAGACUUGCCUAGAACAAUACUUAGUGAUCACAUAGAGCAAUAUCUUUUUAAACGGCUAAAGCAGGAAAAAAUGGAGAGAGCCAAGCAUCUCGGAAAGUCUGUUGACGAGGUGAUUCUGGUUAAAUUAGUCUACUUUACAUUCCUUAGUUCUUUAAAAUCUAUAUUUGUCAUUAUUUUGUGAUCUUUCUUUUCAAUAAGGUGGCAUGGAUGUAUUAUUUAUAAACUGCAAUUAGGAACUCUGUACAAUUUUUCGUGUGGAAGUGAAGUACUUGAGAGCGAUUGACAAGCCAAUUUUCUAUGUACAUCCCAGAUUGCAAAUCCUUUGUUCGUUUGUGAUCUGGAGAAAAUUAAUAUGAACAUAUGUAGCAUUUUAUAUAUUUUUUUAACAAGUUUUCUAUUAUGUACCAAUGGAAAGUUUAAUACUUUUAAAAGAACGUUCCCCAAUGGCAAAUUCUAGUUCUUUAACAUAUGCCGGAGAAAGACAAUGACAAUGUCCAGAAAUACUCAUGUUUUUUCUUGACGAGUUUGAUACAAGUGAAGAAUUUUUCACUCUACUAGCGGAUGCCUUUGUUGGACUGCUAAUUAUUUAUGGCAUCAUUCUGAUGCUUUUUUUAUAUUAUCGCAUCCAGAUUCCGGGGGCAGAAUCACUUGUUAUUAGAGUUGUAUCAUCAGUUGAUAAGAAGUUGGAAGUGAAACAACGGUUUUUGGAGAUCUUUCAGGAAGAGAACUAUCCAAAAGAGUUCCCAUACAAAUCCAAGGUACAAUUCGUGCCUUUUCUUUUAAUUGUGAAUGAACAUAGAAGUUUCCUGCUUACAGUUUCAUUGAAAAUAUGUUACAAUGGGAAAUUCAUGGAAAGGUUUUGGUUCAAAACUUUGCAGUUAUAACCUUAUAUAAAUUUAUUUUUAAUUAUGCCCGCUUUUUACGUUUUAAUGCUCUUAUCCAGGUUGUGUUGCUGUUUCAAAAGAUAGAAGGCGUAGAAGUUUGUCUCUUUGGGAUGUAUGUUCAAGAAUUCGGUUCAGAAUGCCAGUUUCCAAAUCAAAGGCGUGUUUAUCUUUCAUAUCUAGACUCUGUCAAGUACUUCAGGCCUGAGAUUAAGACAGUCACGGGAGAAGCUUUACGUACAUUUGUUUACCAUGAAAUUCUGGUACUUGGAAAUCUAGCCUCCACAUCCCUAAACUAGUUUCCUCGUUUUAUUGUUUUUCACAUUCAUGCAGUGUUAUAUAGAUCUUUGUUGAUUGAUUUAUUAUUAAUUUGACACUCGAACCUUUUUUUGGGAUUAUUUUCUGGUCAUCAAGUCAUAACCACCGUCUUAUUGCUAAAUACACAUUUUCAGAUUGGAUAUCUUGAGUAUUGCAAGUUACGUGGCUUCACGAGCUGUUAUAUAUGGGCUUGUCCUCCACUGAAAGGUGAAGACUAUAUCUUAUAUUGCCAUCCAGAGAUUCAGAAGACACCUAAAUCUGACAAGCUUCGAGAAUGGUCAGUAUUAUAAUCAUUAUGAUUAUAUUCCUAGAAUUAACGUCAUUCUCUUAAUUUCACAUAGUGCAUACAUACUGGGUUCCUCGAAUUAAUCGGAGAAUGUGUUUCAGGUACUUGGCAAUGCUACGAAAGGCUUCAAAAGAAAGUAUUGUCGUUGAUCUGACUAAUUUAUACGACCACUUCUUUAUACAAUCGGGUGAAUGCAAGGCUAAAGUGACUGCUGCUCGUCUGCCAUACUUUGAUGGUGACUACUGGCCUGGGGCUGCGGAAGAUUUGAUUAAUCAACUUCAGCAGGAAGAAGAUGAUCGGAAACAACAGAAAAAGGGGAAGACCAAAAAGACUAUAACGAAAAGGGCUCUGAAAGCUGCUGGUCAAUCUGACCUCACUGGGAAUGCUUCUAAGGAUGCUCUGUUGAUGCAAAAGGCAAGGGCUGCACCUUUUCCGUUUGUUGACUGUUUUACGUUCUUACGUAACUUAAAAAAUCUGAAAAGUUUCCUUUCGACUUUAAAUUCAGACAUUUCUGUACCUCUGAGACAGCGUUUCUAAUUCGGUUAAUAGUUAUUAUGGAAUAAGAUUAACCAUCAAUGUUUGACAUUUUUAUCCUGUAUAAGUUCGUACAUUGGCUUGUGUGAAGUUUCUUAUUAAUCGGUUGUUAAGGAACUUUUAUUUACCACACCAUUAGUUCUCAUCUCGUUCCUUCAACAUUACCCUUUCACAGCUUGGUGAAACCAUCUUUCCAAUGAAGGAAGAUUUCAUCAUGGUCCACUUGCAGCAUGCAUGCACACAUUGCUGCCUACUGAUGACAUCUGGAGUGCGGUGGGUUUGUAAGCAAUGCAAGAAUUUUCAACUUUGUGACAAGUAAGCAUUUCUUCUCUGAUUAAUUUUUUUUUUCGAAGUUUUUUUUGGCUUUGCUGACUCGUUUUAUGUGAGCAUUCUGGUUUUUUCUAUGCUUUUUACUUUUGUUCGCAUAAUUUUUUUUAGUAGCUCAUAUUAUUCAAACAGACUUAUUUUCAAAUUCAAUAAACCUGAAAAUUGAGGCAGCUUGAAGGAUAUCAUUCUUAUUUGCACAAAUAAAAUGACUUGACCCAAAUCCUUUCAGUUUUAAUCAAAUGAAUACUACUGAAGUGUAGGGCUUGAUGUUUAAUUAUACACCCCUUGGUUCCUUGGGUGUAUUUCAGACCUGUCCUGUUUGCUAAUUCUCAGUUCUCAUCUUUGAGAAAGUUAAAUGCUGUGUAACACGUAAUUUUGGAGGCGAACGGAUUAAUGCAAGAAUAAACCAAAAAAUAAGAUUAAAUGUUUAUUUAUAAAAUAGUGGGGAAUAGAGUUCUCGUUUUCCGGACUCUUUACUACAUACUUGAGAAAAUGGUGGGUACUAAAUAAAUGUUCAUAAUGCAUAUAAUAGAUCCUCCUAUCUCAAAAUCUUGUUUACAGCUAUGAGUAAAAAUUACGUGUAAUUAACUGCAAGAUGAUGAAAUGAAAAUUUUACCAAAAAUACAUAGAUCAUAUCUACGUGAAGCUAUCGUUUUUAUCUUAAUCAUAUUUCAUUUUUUCUGUUUUUUAAAAAAAUUAUAAUCGUUUUUCAACAAAAUCCUAAACCAUUAGGAACUUCUUUUGAAUUUUGCGUCCAUGUUCUUGAAUGAAUCUAUUGACACAGAAACAAGGUUAAAAAAACUAAAAGACAGGUUAGUUAUGGUUUUUGCCAGAAUCAAUUGAACCCUGAUGUUGGAUUAAUUUCCAUGACCUUUUUUAGCUUGCUAUGUUGAUUUAAAAUAUCUUUAAUUAAGAUAUCGUAUAAUACAGAUUCAAAAUGAAAUGAUUUCGGGUGAUUGGAGAGGAGUUUGGAAGGGUUUUUCUGGGAUUAUUACGCCUUGGCUUGAUUUACACAAGAUGGCCUGAUUAUUACGUCUUAUCCUGGUUAUUAUGUCAUUCUCUCAUCCUUUGUUUUGUUGUGAAAGUUUUCAGAACCACAGUUAUGCUUCUGGAAUUGAUGUUGUGUAAAUCUUCUUAUAAUUGAGAUGAAAUAGAGUAUGUAAUUGCAGUUAGACCAUCUUUCUUCUCUCUGGCAGGUUGUUGGGUCGUAAGAUCAGAAUUACUGUAUUUCAAGUGUUAUGGUUUAUGUAGAGGUAGGCAAGGUGGGAUUGUAUUUGAUUUUGUUGGAGAGAGGAUUGGGAUGGAAAAAGUAGGAGAUAAGAGUCCAUGAAGAUUCUUGAGAUGAAUGGGACAAGUAAAACCGAGGUUGACUGGAAUACUUGUUAGGCAAUGUAGUCGUAUUUACGAGGAUCCAAGAGGGAAUAGGAAGAUUGAAAAUAAUUUGGAUGGAUUUUUUGGUGGGAGAUUGAAGCACCACGUGUUGAAUAUAAAGAUACUUUGUUUUAGAAUCUAUUGAUGGGUAUGAUUUUCCGUUCAAUGUAAAGACUGGUAGAACAUUCGUGAUGUUAUUUGUGUCCUUCCAAGAAUCCGUCUAUCCCCAAGUUCCAUUCUAAAAUAUUUUUAGAUGAUGUAAAAGUCCAUAUAGCAUAACAUCCUAAUUUUUUUGUUUUCCUUGGGUUACUUUUUGAGGAUGUACAGCGGACAACCACUACUAGGAGUUUUGCUUUUCAAUUAGGGGGGGGGGUAAUAUCCUGAGAAUGCACCCAUUUUGUACCUUUUGCUCAGGGUGUGGUGCAAAUCCUCAGAAUGUGGCGGGCCACAUCGUAAACAGACCUUAGAUCAACGAGGAUACCUAACUUGAAGCAUGAAAAUAGCAAUCUCAUCAGAUUUGUAUCCAUUCAAGUCUUUUUUCAUCUUUUCUCGCGGUGCAUGCCUAUCGUAGUCCUCCAAAUAUUUUAGCUAUUACAAAGGGAUAAGCCUUGACAGUUAAUUAUUGAAAAGCUACAUAUGGUUUCAGAGAUUAAUUAUGGAUUCACAGUUAAUCUCUGAAUGCAUGUGACACACUGGUUUUCUAGUAAUGUGGCAUGGUGUCAAGCUUUGUUGUUGGUUGAGUUUUUUUAUGGGGCGUUUAAUGGUAUUAAACAUGUAUGUAGGUGUUAUGAUGCAGAGCAAAAGCUUGAAGAAAGAGAAAGGCAUCCUAUUAAUGCCAGGGAAAUGCAUACUCUGACUUCAGUGAGUAUCUUAGAUAUUCUUCCUGCAGUUACUGUCGAUGUUCUGUGACUACUGGUUCUAUAUUGUAAUUGCAUGGUAUAGUACUGAUUCCAAAAUUCCUAACAAAUUAUCUAUGAGCAGGUUGAAAUCGUUGGUGUGCCCACGGAUACCAAAGAUAAGGAUGAGAUACUGGAAAGUGAAUUUUUCGACACUAGACAAGCAUUUCUGAGCCUUUGCCAAGGAAAUCAUUAUCAGUAUGACACUUUACGCCGUGCCAAGCAUUCUUCAAUAAUGGUUCUGUAUCACCUUCAUAAUCCAACAGCACCUGCUUUUGUAAUUACGUGCAAUAUCUGCCAUCGCGAUAUUGAAACUGGUCAGGGUUGGCGAUGUGAAAUCUGCCCUGAUUUUGAUGUGUGCAAUGAUUGUUAUAAAAGAGAUGGGGGUGUUAAUCAUCCUCAUCGGUUAACAAAUCAUCCAUCCAUAGCCGACCGAAAUGCACAGAACAAGGAAGCUCGGCAGAAAAGAGUUUUGCAGGUAAAAGUUUUUUUUUUUUUUUUUACAAGAUCGUUCUUUUUUCCCAUAGCUGCAACUUUAUUUAUUUUCGACUCAUAAACGUAUUUUUGUGCAUGUCAACUUAUAUUAACCUUUGCUGAUAUGUAAUUAUCUUCAAUUUUCUCAUGGAUAUUUUUAGACUUAAUGUUGGACAUGUUUAAUUCGAUGAACUUGCUUGCAUGGAAUUCAAGGACUUCAAUUGUGGAUGGGAGGACGAGGCAGUCAGAUUGUCGUGUGCCUAUAUAAUUAAUGUGAUCUACUGACACGAGGGUAAGAUGGUGGUGCACCAGAUGGUCGUGAAAUUUUGGGAGGAGGUGAUGAUAGCCUGGACUAAUUCGCCUGGACAUUAUUCUGAGGGAAGGAAUAUUCUUUGAAAUGAAACGAAUCAACAGGAAGAGGUCUUUUAGGAGUUUUUAUCAUCAUCCUUCUUUGUUUAUUGGACCACAGCAUUGAAUCUUAUAAAGAACUCUUGAGGAAAUAGUAUGAUGUGUGUAAGAGAGCACGCGAGACUUUGCUUGUUAGAGGUGACAGCAAGAUCUCGACAUUGUCUGGGAAGAGAACAUGAAAUAAUGUCCAGAGAAGAGGUGGAUCCUCUUGGGUAAUAACUACAAUAAAUUUUAUAGGAAGCGAGUUACCAGUCUAGACUGGUCAUUUAUAGUUUAGCUAAAGCUAUGGAUGUGUUGUUUGGGCAGAAGCUUUAAGACUUUCAAGACCGAUUCCAGGUAUGUUGUUUUGUCGAUGCUUAUUGCAAGCAGGGUAAGGAGAAGAGUUCUCAAGUUCGAAUCAGCUUGGAGAAAUCUGAAGAAUUUAAACUUUUUUUUUUUCCCCUGGUUUAACCUGCGCACUCUGCUGGUUGACUCAGUUUCUUGCUCUCCUUCAGCUCAGUUUAACAUCAACCACUCUGCUGCAGGAUGUGUGAACAAGCUGUGGUGGAAUGUGUUUGUUAUUUUAAUGCAUGAAGAUUAACUGAGGUGUUGAUCACAAUGAUUGCAAUACUUUUAAUGUUGCUAAACGCAAGUUGGUAUUUAGCUUUGGAGGCCUCCUGGUGGCUUUUUCCCUUUUAUUUUCCCCAGAGACCACAGUUGUUGUCGUCGUUUCGCAAAUUUGCUCUUCUAUUGUUCAAUUUGUAUGCUCAUGUUUUGCUGGGGAAAAGUCGCUUUUCUGCUUCGUAUGCUAACAAUGCAGACUGUGCUGCAGCUUCGGAAAAUGCUCGAUCUUCUGGUGCACUCGUCUCAGUGCCGCUCGCAGCACUGUCAGUACCCCAAUUGCCGUAAAGUUAAGGGACUCUUUCGGCAUGGAAUCACAUGUAGAACACGUGCUUCUGGGGGCUGUGUCCUGUGUAAAAAGAUGUGGUACCUUCUCCAUCUGCACGCCAGGGCUUGCAAAGAAUCAGACUGCCACGUACCGCGCUGCAGGUGUGCUAAUAACCCUUGCCUUCUGUUGUUUGCUGAUGCUGAUUGAAUGCCCUUUUUACCAUCGCGGUUUCUCUUACUUUUGGCGGGAAACAGGGAUUUGAGAGAACAUCUGAGGAGAUUGCAGCAGCAGUCUGAUUCUAGGAGGAGGGCUGCGGUCAUGGAGAUGAUGAGAAUGAGAACUGCGGAGGUGGCAGGGAAUCCCGCAUAA